AUGCCAGAGUUGUUUAUUCCUGUUUAUUUCGGCUCAUUUGACUUUUAAAAUCAUUUUAUUACAGCAUGGGCUGAUGAUUUAGAUAAAAAGAGGAUUGCCACAGGUUCAAUAAAUGGAGACAUCAUCAUUUGGGAAUUUGACAAUUUCAUUUUAAAACCACUUAUAAAGUCAACACCACAUUUAAUAUACAGAGUAGGAGGAGUCACAGCAUUAUAAAUAAUGAGAAGACCAUUUGCUGAAUUCUAGGAUAGCAAUAUGAAUUGUGCAAUAGCAAUUCAUUAAGAUAAGAGGAUUAGAAUUUUGAGUAUGUUAGAUGGCAAAUAAAUUUUAAUUUCAGAUCAUGAUUAAUUUCCAUAUACAAAAUAAAUAACUCAAAUCUACCCAAUUGGUGAUCGAACAAGUAGAUAUAUAAGUUGUUUUGGUGAAGGAACAGCUCUUUACAUAUAUGAUUUAUGGAAAAUGUGUUGCAGCAAAAUAUUUUAGAUUCAGGAUGAAUUUGAUCAACCAAGAUUUACCAUUUUUACAUCUAUUGGAGCAGACUUUGCUGUCAUUGAUAGCAAAUGCAGAGUCUACAAAAUUGAUACAUCAGCAUAUAAGAAAACUGAAAGAUAAAAUUAUUUAAAGUAUAUUGAAAAGAAAGCAUAAGAAAAAAAGAAAAAUGGAAUAAAAAAAUCGUUGAUUAGGAUGUCUUCUAGUUUUUCUUUAAAAGGAUUGCCUUAAAGUAAAAUAAUCAAUACAGUUUACAACACUAAAUCAUAGAUCAUGUACAUUGUUUAUUCAAAAUCAAUAUAUGUUGUGAAUUCUCCGUUUAAAGAAACAGAACAAUAGAGGGAAAUGUUCUCAAUAUAAUCUUCUACAAACUUGAUUAAAUUUAGAAAUGUGCAUUUAUUUAAAAGUCAAAAUAAAACUAUGAUAGUUAUUGAAUAGUUGAAUGGACACACUAGUUUCAUUUAUGAGAAAGAUAUUCAAGACAUAAUAAGUUUAAUAUCUAAAAGUUAUAAUUAGUGUAUAACUCUGGAUUUUAAUGGAUUUAGUUUUUCAAAAUAAAGUUAAUCAUACUAAGGUUAACUCUUAUUAUUAGUUAAUUAAUAAUUGACACCAAUCUAAGUUUCUAAAUAUUUUUUCUAAAAGAUCAUCUACACAAUUAAUAAUUUAUUAUUUAGAUAAAAUGGAUGCAUUAUUGAAAUUUAUAUACCAGAUUCGAUUAAUUAUGAGGAUUUUCGUAUUUGCAGUCUCUAAUAGGAUAAUUUGUUUGACAUAAAAUUAUUAUCAGAAGGAUUUAUGCUUUUCUUGCAUUCUUAAUCAAGAUUUAUAAAUGAAAACAAAUAAUUUGAAAUUGCAGAUUUACCCAAAAAACUUAUAGAUCUAUCAAUUUUUGAGCAAAAUGACAUUUUAAAAUCUCUAAAUGAAAACUUGCCGAUUGAAAUUUAAGAGUAAUUAAAUUAAAUUCAGAACAUUUCUAUUUAUACAAUUGGUUUAUAUAAUAAAACAGAUCUAUUCGCCAUCUUUGGAACAGAAUAAGGGUAAAUCUUUUUAAUUCCAUUCUUUUAUGAAAAGAAUAAAAGAUGGAAUAUUUAUGUUAACAAGGAAUUUGAAAAAAACAUAAUAUUUUUGAAAUUUAUCAAAAAUUCCAUUUUUGCUGUGGAUCAAACAUUAAAAUUAAAAGUUUUUAGUCUAUCAAGCAUAUUUGGUAAAUUUGAUAAUCAGUCUGCUGAUUUUUUUUCAACCUAUUAAACAAUUUUACCAUCAAACAUAAAGUAAGUGAUCUAAAUUAGAUAAUUGUUUUAAGAGUCGAGCAAUAGCACUUUUUCAAAUAAUGAUGCCCUUAUUGUUAAAAGAAAGUUAGCUAAACAUUUUGUGGCUUUAUUGUUGGAAGAUGAUUCUAUCGUCAUAUAUCAUACAAUAUUGAAUGUUAAGAAGUUCUCCUUUCAUAAUUAAUUUAAGAUAAAUAAAGGAUAGGUGAAAUUAUAUUAUGUACCACAUUUAUUGAUAUUUCUAUUUUCAAAAGGAGUUGAAGUUUCAGUGUGGUCAAUGGAGAAAGGAUCUUUUGAGAGAAUGAUAAAUAUACAAUAAUUGUAAGAGUAUUUGAAUAUUGAUACACUUUUAACAUAGAAGUUGUCAUAAAUGAUCAAUUUAUAUGAUUUCAAAUCAUUCAAAACUGAUUAAGUAUCUUAAUUUGAUCUUUUAGAAUAUUCAAAUAGGAGUUAUUAGAUUUAAUACAAUUAUUCAUAAGAGUUGAAACAAACAUCUCCAUAAUAUUUUUAUGAUUUUUUUGGAACCUUAAACAAAAUAUAAUAAAAUACUUUUGAAUUUGAUGAAAUUUUACAUAUUCUUUCAUAUGAAGACUAAGCAAUUAGUUAUAGAAAUAAAUCAAUAACUAUAUUUGAACCUUAAGAGAUGGGUGAUAUGUUUCUAUUGUAUAAGAUUUAUUUAAAAUAAUUCAAAUCUACAUUAUAAUUUGAUAGAGUAAAUAAGUUAUAUAAAUAAUAAAAAGAACAAAGAAGACUAGAUUCUAGUUCUUCUUAUUAUUUAAUAUGGUUUGAUUGUAAAAAGAAUAUUGAAUUAAUAAAAUACUCAAUGGAAAAUACAGCAUCUUUAAAGAUCCCAUUUACUUAUGUCCAUUUUUAUCAUACAUUGAAUUUAGUACCUAUUUUUAAAUGUUAAUUUGGUCUAUAAGGAAUGGCAGAAGGAUUUUCAAGAUUGAUUCAGUCUAAUAAUUAUUAAAUUAGUGGAUUAAUGUCUACUUAAUACAGCAUAGCAGCAGCAUUAUGCUUAAGGCAAAUAAAAAGUAGAUUUUAGAUCUCUGAAAUUAAUAAUUCUACAAGUUUAUUAAGUUUAUCUAGAUAUAGUCUUGACAACUCAAAAGAUAUUAUUGAAAUUUCUUGUUAAUUGAUCUCAUAGCAAAUAAAGAAAAUGGAUAGUUUUUGUAAUGAUAUUGUAGUAUUACAAAGAACGUCUAAAGAGUUCUUGUAAUUAUUUGAAAGGAGUAGUUCAAAUGUGUAUUUUUCUUUAGAAAUUAUGUGUUUAAUAAUUCAAACGUAUUUAAUGUAAUAGAUGAUGAGUAAUAUUGAAAUGAUUAAUUAUGUAUUUAAUAGAAUAAUGUCUGGUUUCACUCACUAAUUAUGUUUGAAGAAACCAAAUAUUGUAUUCGUUUUUAUUAAAUUGUUAGAAGAUGGUAUGAAAAAUUUUCAUAAAUGCAUCCAAUAACCUAAAGUUUGUCUGCAGACUUUGAUAUAAAUUUACUAUUACAUAUAUACUACUUAUAAACACGGUUUUUCAUUAAAAGAAAUAAUAAAUGCUACUAUAAAUAAGAAAUCAAAAGACAAAGACAAAGAUAAAUAUGAAAUUUUGAGACAAUAUUAAUCAAUGAGUCAACUCGACUUAUAGAGAAUAAAAUAGAGAUUAAGAAUUUUAAUCAUGGCCUUAUCGGAAUAUUUUUUUGAAGAUUUUAAGGGAACUAUUAAGGAGAUGAUAAACUAAACAGACAUCUAUCCAAUAAUUGCCUGCUCAAUUCUUGAUUUAUUGCAUUGUUUAUCAAAAACUGAUAUUAAACCCAAUGAAAUUUUAUUCAUCUUAGAUUUAUCAAUAAAAUCAAUAGAUUAGAAUAAUCAAUAAUUAAGAAGGUAUACUUACAAGACCUUUGUGAAAUUAGUAUAAUAUUUAGAUUAGAGAUUCGAAUUCAUAAGCUUCUCUUAAAAGAAAUUAAAAUUGGCCUUUGCCUUUGAAGGUUUAGUAUAGAUUUAUGAUCUAAGAUAUGGAGUAAAAUUAUAACCAUUAGAUAGAUAUUAAUCAUAAAUAACUAGUAUAGCAUUUGAUAGUAAGGGCAAUUAAUUAGCUUCAUUUUCUUAGAAAGAUUAAAAUUUAAAGAUAUUUCAAUUAAAACCAACUAGUUCUUUUUUAUAAGGAUAUGAAAAUGUAUACAUUAAAUUAACUCAUUAAUUUAAUUUUCUAUAACCAUUGCACCAUACAGUAGAAUGGGAUAAAGACUGUGAAUAUAUUUAUUUAUAACAUGAAGAUGAAUCACAAGUAUUUAAAAUUGAUUGA